CCAUUUUUUUUUAGGUUUCCUCUGACAUUUAUAUUUAAAAUAUUUUCAGAGAAAAAUUUUUGGUUCGUUAGAAAGAUUUCAUUGUCUGUUUAUUUUACCCAAAAUCCCCGGAGUAGUACAAAAUAACCCGAAAAGUAAUUUUUUUUAAUGGUGCAAAGAAUCUUAAUCAAAAAUGACCACUUCACAUUUUAAUUUUAUGAAAACGAAAAUCAAUUUGAGCCCUCAUAUAUUGUCCAAGAAUACCUCGGAAAUUGUCAGCAACUGCGUUGAGAAACUUUACCAACAAAUGCCCAAUAAAUUCAAAAAUAAUUUGCAACAAUUCAGAAUUGCCUCGGCGCGCAAAGAGCAUACGGCUCCAGUUCGUCUUCUCAAGGAGCAGCAAGAGAAGGAAAGAUUAAAAGAAAAAUCUGAGACACAGCCACGUUUCAAAAGGAAUACUCCCUCUAACAACGAUGAAGCGCUGCUGCUCAAAUCCAUAAUGCAUGCCAGCCGUAGACGCUUGCUGGGCUAUAGCCAGGAGACGAAAAAGAAACUUUUGAAACCUGCGACCUAUAAAAUCUAUGAUAAACGUCGCUUUGGAUCCAGUGCCAGCAGCUCAAGUGCAAGCUUUCUUAGACAUUCAGUUUCUGGUACAGAAAAACAACAUCUAAGGCAAUUGGGAUUGCCACAUGCCUUGAGGCAAUUGAAAAAAUCCUAUGCCAUGAUCCAUGGCAAGGCCAGGGAUUCUUUGAAUCCCGUGGUGGUGCCACAACCUAAGCGUGAGCAGCACAUGACUCAAAGAAGCUUUGCUGCAAACUUCUCCAUUAAGCCUUUAUAUGCCUUAUCCAGUCUACAAGGUGACCUAAUGAUGAUCGAUGAGCUGCUGAGAAAACCCAAAAUUCAAGCUCGAGAAUCUUUGGGGAAUUAUUCCCUAGGUGUAGAUUAUCCACCUCACCCUCAGCAGCCUCAAUACCGCAAUGAACAAAUUGUGGCCCAAACCAUACUGAAACAACAAAACAAAAAUUUACCAAAGCCUUUGGGAAAACCUUUAUCUCCGCAGGUAAUGUCACCUUUACCCCCACAACCCCCAUCACAAUUCAAAGGCUAUGGCAAAAGGCUAAGAUUAACAAAUCCUACCAACAGCCCUAGAGAACACUGGAAGUGGACUGCUAAAACUACUCGUCCAACCAUAUCUCCCAAUGAGAGGCUAAUCAAGGCCAAACGCAAACCUCUGGCCGAUAUUCAAAGACCUCAGGUGCCUGAUUUCUGGAGACGCCAUCAAUUUUUCCCCCUUAUAGGCCAUUAUUAUGGAGAGGUAGAGUCUUCUGCACCAGCAGCACCGGUGAAAUUACAAAAACCCUACAAAAUCAAUGGGCGUAUAGCGAACUUGGCAUAUGAAGGCUACUUAAAUAACUGACCAUAUCAGCAUCUAGAGGGGCCAAGAGACUCACAAUUCCUAUACCUUGUGAUUCCAUUACUGCCCACUACCCAUCAUGGACCAUCUGUCUAAGUGUCGCUCCAUCCCAUUCCCAUUCUACCUUCCGCCCUUCCACAUUUUGUUAGACGAUAAUGUUUUGUGUAUUUAUCGACAUACAUAUGAGUUUUGAUUUUGAAAAAGUUUUUCUUUCCUCUACCAAAACUACAAAUGCUGAUGUAUGACACAACAUUUGUCGCAUCAUCUGGAAAACAUGUUUCCCACUCUCCCUUAACUGGAUCAUUCGCAAACCUACCUACAAUCGCCCUCCCCGAGAAUGUCUGAGCAUGGCGAAAUGGUCUUUUAUAAGUCCUGACAAAGCGUUGUCUUUGAUGUGCAAUUUCAGUGUCCUCUGUGUGACAAUUGUGGAGCAUUCUACGCAUAGCAGUUCCCUCUUGGAUAGAUGAAUGAAUGGAUCGAUAGAUAGAUGGAUGGACGGAUGAAUAGAUGGAUGAUGUGUGAAUGAAGAAUUGAUGUUUGUGUGAUUACAAUGUGAUGUCAUAAAAGUUAUCGGUUUAUUAUUUGUUUGAAUUACAUUUGUGCAUAUGGCUGUGAAUAUAUGAUUGUCCUGUUGACACAUGGCACAGUGGGUUCCCCAUCAAAUAUUUA